GGAAAUCCCGCCCCAGAAGCGGCGCCGCCGUAGUUAUGGCGGCGCCCGGGCGGCGGUGGCCGGUGCGGCUGCUCCUUGCGCUGCGGCCGCUGCCCGUGCACCGGUCCUUGCACGCCGCGGCCCCGCCGCGGGACGUGCUGCUCUUCGAGCACGAACGGGGCCGCUUCUUCGCGGUCCUCGGGCUGUUCUGCGCGGGCCAGGGCGUCUUCUGGGCCUCCCUGGCCGUGGCAGCUUUGGCCCGACCCCCGGCCCGGGCGCUGUCUCCAGACGCGGAGUUCCCGGACCGCGGCCGCUCGGACCUGCGCUCCACGCUCUGGCGCUACGGCCUGGCGCUCGGCUGCGGCGCCAUCGGUACCCUGGUACUUGGUGCCGGUCUCCUCUUCUCCCUCCGUUCUGUGCGUUCAGUGAGGCUAUUGGCUGGAGGAAAGCAGGUGACCCUCACCACUCACGCUCCCUUUGGCUUGGGUGCCCAUUUCACCGUUCCUUUGAACCACGUAUCCUGCAUGGCCCACCGUGGUGAAGUCCCUGCCAUGUUGCCUCUGAAGAUCAAAGGCCGGCGCUUCUACUUCCUCUUGGACAAAGCUGGACACUUCCCCAACACGAAACUCUUUGACAACACUGUGGGUGCCUACCGCAGCUUGUGAAGAGACCACCGCGGAUGGCUCACCCCUCCCAGAGGGGAAUAAAAACCGGACCUCGGGGAUGGGGGUCACCCAAGGGGGCCCAGGGUUCAUUAACAGCAAAUAAAAGAGCAGUCAUCCCAAAGGCAGCCGACAGCACCUCUGACUUUUGGUUCCCUGUCUGUUUGGCUUUCGCUCCUGUCCUCCGAUCCACCUGCCUACAGUGCUUUCAACACCAAGAACUCAGUACCAAGAUGAAGGAAAAAAGUAAUCUAAUAUUUCGGUACAAAAACAGCUGCAGGGAGAGAGGUGGAGGGAGCCCAUUGUCACGUUUCCCUCGUGGAGGGAAAAACAGGCUCCCAGUAUGAACAGGGCCACGUGGGGGCAAGAGGACUGUAGGCACGUGGGCAUGGAGUCUUUGGCUGCAGGAAGGAUUUUCUGGUUACUCUUCAGGAAGGGGAAAGGCGUGGCCCAACAAGAACCUCUGUCUCAGAGCUCCAUUCGGGGUCCCCCCGCUCCAGAGGCCGAUAAGGUGUGGCUUCAGACUUCCGCUGCACCACCUGAAGCAUCAAGACCACACACCACAAUACCAGAUUCACCCAAGAAGAGGUCUGUGGGAAACAGGAACAAGAGCGUGAGGAACGUGGCCAUCUUGAAUCCAGUUCCACCCACAUACAGCUGUUUGCCCGCUGUCAGGUCAACCAGCCCAUCAGCCCCUCUCAGCCUCUCACUGGUGGGCACCCUGACAACUACAGAUGCUUAUAGGAGUCUGUGGACCCCUGAGUUUCCACCUAGUCUUUCACGUCCCAGAACCUCACUUCAGCAUCGUAUAGGUUGGAGUAAAACUUCAGAGUGGUUC